CAUCUCCACUCCGCCAACCCCCCCUCUCCGGCUCUGCCCACCACCUCCCUUACUCCUCGCCGCGCCGCUCCACUCCUGUCCCCGCCGGCGUACCAGCUCGAUCCAGCGGCUAGCCAGCCAUGUCGGGAAGCUACUCCUCGCGGCUCCGCGCCGGGGGCGGCGGCGGGGGCCUGGGCGCGACGACGGUGCUGGCGGCCAAGGUGGCGUUCGCGUCGGCCGCGCUGGCCGCCGCCGCCUGCAUGGUGCCGCAGCUCGUGUCCGCCGCCGACGCCUUCCUCUGGAAGCUCUACCUCUUCGUCACCGUGCACGUCAUCAUCUUCGUCAUCUGGAAGCUCUCCGACAGCAAGCACUUCCACGCCGCACAGCAGCAGCAGCACAAGGACCCCUGGGCACCGUCGCCUCUCCACCACCAACCUGCCGCCGCGGCGCCUCUGCUCAUGACGGAGCAGGCCGUGCUGGCCGCCGUCAAGCGUAGGGUGGACUUCGCGCCCGCCCCCGCCGUCGUCUCCGCCGCGCCGGCCGAGGUGUACCGCGUGCCCCCGCCCGUGUCGCGCUGGCACGGGGGUGCCGACUCGGCGGUGGUGGAGGAGGUCGUCUCCCCUGUCUCGUGCGGCGGCGAGUCGUGCGUCACCACGGAGUCCGAGGAGGACGCCUCCUCCGCCGCCGCGUCGGCCCACAUCGCCACCUCCGACGCGAGCAGGAGCGUCUCGCCGGUGCUGGCGCCCGCUCGGGAACGCGCGGUCCUCGAGCGCGGGAUCUCCCUGCCCCCUCGCAAGGCCACCGCGCCCACGGACGAACACUUCGACAGCGCCGACAACAACCACGACGGCGGCGACGACGACCUGGACGCGACGUGGAACGCCAUCAUGCAGAAGACGCGUCCGGCGACGGCGCCGGCCUCAACCACCUCCUCCCCUCCGGCCCCGCGCUCGUCGCCACCGCCACCGACCCCUGCGUCGCGGCCGAGGGCGCGCGAGCCAUCCGUCGGCGCGGCGGAGCUGAGCAAGCGGUCGGAGGAUUUCAUCAAGAAGAUCCACAACUCCUUCGGCCGGCACCAAUGAUCGCACCCACCCACCGUCAACCCAAAAAUCCCAAACCAAUCCAAAUCGAAAUUUUCUCGGUUGUGUAAAGAUCAUAUCCCCUUAAAUUAGUCUUUCUUCUUCCCUUCUUGGUGUGCCCUGUGCCGGUCGCCGGAGCAGAGCAGAGGCGAGCUCGUCAGAAGCACCACAUUUAGCCUGUGAAGGUUCUGGAUGUUCUGGAGGGUGGUGCUGUGGGACUAGCAGUGUGGCUGGCUGGAGAUGAUCCUGACCUCUUAAUGUGCUGAAAUGAUGGUUUGGGUUGGUGGCUUGGUGCAUGCCUGCUUGUUAAUGAUUAAUAUUUUGGGUGGUUCUAUUCCCCUUUGGUGGCCUGGACCUGCAUUUGUUCUUGGCUGCUUUCCAUACUACAGCUCUUGUACUGAUUAUUAGUUAUUACUACAACAGUGCUAAUUAUGGUGCUAAUA